UUUGUGGACUCGUUGCUCAUUGAGCCCAGUGCCAGGGACUGGGACAGGUGAUGGGAUGGAGUAAAGUCUCUGUGCUGCACACUGCUUGUACACAAGCCAUCCCAAAGGUCCUGCUUUCUACUUGGAGGUUGAAGAGAGUGAGAAGCCCACCACAGAGGGUAUACCUGUCCCUCACCUGUUGGUCACCCUAGGUGAUGCAUGCUAUAAUACUCAUGGAACACUAAAAGAGUGGAGUUGGACUUACCUGACCAAGUCUUAAGUCCUAGCCUUGCUCUCUAAGUGGAAAGGCAUGAUGGGUAAAGCCUCAAGUAUUCAGGCUAUGCUCUCUCCUGUCACUGGGAGAAAUUCUUUGUGUAGAACCUCAUGCACUUUUUACAAUGAGAGAAGAGACUCAAUGUUCUUCACUGAACAUUGUUUCCUGUCUGCCCGCCCAGGGGCCCUUUCUCACAGCUUCUUUGUCACCACUGGCUUAGACAGCUGCAGAGGGCAAUAGAGAUCAGGUAGAGAGCUUUGUCACGAGCAGAAAGAGGCUUUUUGAAGAUGGAUGCUUUGUUUCCUCACCAACUGCUCCUUCAGUCCUGGUAGUCCCUAUGCUUGCUACUGAAGUCUGAGAAAGCAAUCGGGUCCUAACACUAUUUUCCUCUCCAAGCCUUCAUGCACUGGCCCAGACAUGCCAGAGACUCACAGAGAUGACCUGUAUUUGUUGGAUGACUCUGUCCUUGCACCUACUCCAACAGCAGUGACUCUCUCCUCUGGGUGGAGAGAGUCAAAGGCAAUUCAACUGGAAAAGUAUAUAGAGUUGAUAUAAGGGUACAGAGUAUUGACUUUGAACUCUUAGCUUUGUCCUUUUUAGCUGGUUUGGGUCCCCAUACUGUGGAAAAAGAAUUUGUAUACAAAGGACUUUUUAAAUCAUUGAGGCUUAUUGUGUUGAUAAUUCUUGAGCAUGGACUAUGUAAAGUCAUUCAGACUCAGUUUCCAAAGCAGAACUGCACAACCUGGAAAUCUUGUCUUAUACAACAUGCAUCCUGUGGAGACAUCCAACUAGUCCUUGUUAGUCACUAUCAUUACUGCAUGGAGCUGGAGUCUUGGUGUCCACAUUUACACAGCAAACGGUACAAACUGGAUGAUGGCCUGACUUCUUCUAACACUGUUCAUCUGUGAAUUUAACUCUCCUUACAAGGUGCCAUGAAAGUCCCCCUAAGCAGCAGUGUCUGUGUCCCCUAUAGCCAAAGUCCCCUCCUUCUCCCUCCUACUGGCCUAAACUCUCUUGAAGUUAGAGUCCCGUUGAAAUUCUUUUUAAUAUUGUUAUUUGAAUUCCCCAGCCCUUAUCCUGUUACUCCACUCUGAGCAAAAUUUAAUUAACAAGUUAUUAUAUUUCCUUGAGCAGAAACUACAUAUGGGAGAUCAGGUGAGAGGGAGAGGAGAGAAGCCCCAUUAGGGGCUUGGGGGAAGCCUCAUUAGGUCUCAGGCAGGUAGUUGCUUCCUUGUCCUGAUUCUAGAUGCUAGGACCCCAGGAAGGAAACAGGAACCCAUAUGACUGGGUGGGAGGCCUUAGAGAGCAGUAACAACUGUUCUUAGCCGUGGGAGGAUGUGCCAAGAGCUCACCGAGCAGGUGAAUGUGUUGAGUUCUGUCCUGUACUCUCACUUUUGUCUGCAAAGCAGAAAUGAAAGUUUGUACAAAGGCCAGACUUGUGGUGGCAGGCAAUGAAGAGCCAAAGUUGUUCCCCAAAGAACCAGGCUUGCCAGCCAAUGCUGGGCUCUGUACCUACCCAGGCUUCCAUCUGUUAAAUAGUUGUGAUCAGCAGGGAGGCAGCGGGAAGGGCAGAGAGGACUGAGGUAGAAUCCAGAUACUCUUUGAGAAGACAAAAGGGGAAAAAAUAUUAGCUGAAUGUUUGCCUCAGGGUAACAGCCUUACCCUGCAGGAGCUGGAAGUGUGCUGCUCGGAGAAUUCUGGAUUCAGGGAAUGUUACCUGCAGGGGGGAAAAAGCUCAAAAGAUUAGAGAUCAGAAGAUUCAGAAUUGGCAUGGGUACCUAGGACCAGAAGUCAUCUUGAGGGUCUUGAGCAGGGACCAACUGAAUCAUCCAACCCUAGGCUGAGUUUAGUAGAGUGCUGCCCCCUGCUGGUCGUACUCUUGUGAUCUCAAGAACCCCAGAGCCUGUCCACAAAAGCCCUGUGUUCUUCCCUCAAACUCUAUGUCCAGGAUCUCCCUCAUCCAGUCCCUGCUUACAGAAACCAUCCAUGGCUAGGGUCACCAGCCAGGUUCCCUAAUCCUGCUGUGUGUCCUAUCACUGAUGGAUUCUGGUGCAGUCACAUGAGCUUGUCCACGCAGACCAGUAGAACCCUGGAACUCACUUUGGGGCCUGCUGACCUCAGUUAUGGCCAGCACAGCUAAUGGUGGUCAGGAGUUCUCAACAGCAAUGUUGUUGACAUUUUGGGCUGGAGGAUUCUUCAUUGAGGGAGUAUCCUGGGCGUUCCAAGAUUCUAGCAGUUUCUCUGGCCUCUACUUACUAGAUGCCAAUAGCAUCCACCUACCCUAACAGCACCCUUCCCCCACACACCAAGUUGUGAUUGCCAAAAAUAUCUUUUCCAUAUGUCUCCCCUGCAACAAGGAUCACUGCUGUAAAUCCAGCCUUGCUUUUUACCCAAAUCUUCAGAGAUGAAAUGAAAAUAUUUAUUACCGGUCCACCACCAGCAAGAGAGGUCAGGCCAGACUCCCUAUGUAAAGCAGACCGAAGUCGAGAACAAUGUGAAUAGUCACCAGAGGGUCAGCACAGGGUGUCUGGGAUCCCAUCCUGUGGGAUCCUGCUAGCUGGCACGAUGAAUGGACUAGCUUUCUCCACACCUUGCUUUGCUCUUUUGAAAAGCAGGGAUUAAAAAUAACAAUAAUGAUCCCAUUGACUCCGGUUGUUAUAAGGGUCAAAUGAUAUAUGGAGACAGCGUUGGCCUAUUUCCUAGUUAAUGUUCAAAUAUGUAUAUAUACCACGCGAUGAUAGCUGAGCCUUGUGUGGAUGAGAAGCAGGCUGGUAGAAAACCAGAGAUGACUGAACAAAUUAAUGAAGCACCCGCUAGAAGACCAGGAGGGAGGGGUUAGAUUGUCAGGCGUGGCAGAGGGGCUAGGGAAGAACAAAGGUGGGGUUCAAGGUCAAGCUUGAAUCCAGAGAGAUAGACUGAGCAGCAUCACAGUGGGACACGUUGGUUUCUAAAUGCCACUCUUAGCAGCUCUCAACUCAGGCUUCUUUUGAGAGGCACUUGGGAGUCCUUUAAAUAUGUUGAUACCCAGAGUCCAAUCAACUCAAGUGUGUCCUUGCUCAGCUCCCAAGUGACUCUAACGAGCAGCAAGACUUGUGGGUGGCCGCCCUGCGUAAGGGCUUCUCAGACUUAAACAGGCAAACAGACAAGUCAUCUUGGGAUGUGUUCCCAUCUGACUCCUGGGGGUAAGGGCAGCUGAUAGUCAGCAUUUCCUUUCUUCUUAAGGUUUAUUUUUUUUAAUAAUUUUUCUUUUUGCAUCUGUGUGCCUGUAUGUGAGAGUGAAUAUCACAUGUGUGGGGACCACUGGAGGAGCCCAGGAUAGGGAUUCAGAUCCCUAGGAGCUGGAGCUACUACGGGUGAUAAUGAAUCACCAUGGGGCUCGCUUUCUUGAGUCCUCUGGAAGAGCAGCAAAUGCUCUUAGCCACUGUACCAUCUCUUCAGCCCCGAGAUUCUGCAUGUCUAAUGGGCUCCCCAAUGACAGGGAUGCCUGUGGUCUGUGGAUCACACUUUGAACAGUAAGGACUCACAAUGGCUUUGAAAGUCUGUUUUUCCAGACCAAAGGACCAGCAGCAGCAGCAGCAGCAGCAGCAGCAGCAGCAGCAUUUGGGAGCAUGUUGGAAAUGCACAUUCUAGGCUUUGCCCAGAAAACUUCAGGUGAACCCUAGAUGUUCACUGCUUGUGUACUGCACGGACCUGCCUCCCACCAGCAUCAUCAUCACCUUCCACAACGAGGCACGUUCCACUCUGCUCAGAACUAUCCGCAGUGUGUUAAACCGCACCCCUAUGCAUCUGAUCCAGGAAAUCAUAUUAGUGGAUGACUUCAGCAAUGACCCUGAGGACUGCAAACAGCUCAUCAAACUGCCCAAGGUGAAGUGCUUACGCAACAGUGAGCGGCAAGGUCUGGUCCGGUCCCGGAUGCGAGGUGCUGACAUUGCCCAAGGCACCACUCUGACCUUCUUGGACAGCCACUGUGAGGUGAACAGGGAUUGGCUGCAGCCCUUGUUACACAGGGUCAAAGAGGAUUACACAAGGGUAGUGUGCCCUGUGAUCGACAUCAUUAACCUGGACACCUUCAACUAUAUUGAGUCUGCCUCAGAGCUCAGAGGGGGGUUUGACUGGAGCCUGCACUUCCAGUGGGAGCAGCUCUCCGUAGAACAGAAAGCUUUGCGCCUAGACCCGACUGAGCCCAUCCGGACUCCAAUCAUAGCUGGAGGGCUCUUCGUGAUUGACAAAGCCUGGUUCGAUUACCUGGGUAAAUAUGACGUGGACAUGGACAUCUGGGGUGGGGAGAACUUUGAAAUCUCUUUCCGAGUGUGGAUGUGCGGAGGUGGCCUGGAGAUCAUCCCCUGCAGUCGGGUGGGGCAUGUCUUCAGGAAAAAGCAUCCAUAUGUCUUCCCUGAUGGCAACGCCAACACAUACAUAAAGAACACCAAGCGGACAGCUGAAGUAUGGAUGGAUGAAUACAAGCAAUACUACUAUGCAGCCCGGCCUUUUGCCCUGGAGAGACCCUUUGGAAACAUUGAGAACAGGCUGAACCUGAGGAAGAAUCUGCACUGUCAGACCUUCAAGUGGUACCUGGAAAAUGUCUACCCAGAACUCAGGGUCCCCCCAGACUCCUCCAUCCAGAAGGGCAAUAUCCGACAGCGGCAGAAGUGCCUUGAGUCUCAAAAGCAGAAAAACCAAGAGACUCCACACCUCAGGCUAAGCCCCUGUGCCAAGGUCAAAGGAGAUAGAGCAAAGUCUCAGGUGUGGGCCUUCACAUACACCCAACAGAUCAUCCAGGAAGAGCUGUGCCUGUCUGUGGUCACCCUGUUUCCUGGUGCCCCAGUAGUUCUUGUUCUAUGCAAGAAUGGGGAUGAAAGACAGCAAUGGACCAAGACCGGUGCUCGCAUUGAGCACAUAGCAUCCCACCUCUGCCUGGACACGGACAUGUUCGGUGACAGCACCGAGGAUGGCAAGGAGGUCGUUGUCAACCCUUGUGAGUCGUCACUCAUGAGCCAGCACUGGGACAUUGUGAGCUCAUGAGGACCCAGGGUGCAUCCAGCUGCAGACCAGGAAUGCUUCUUCCCUGGACCAAACCGAACUGGAACCCAGGCUGUGAACAGCCCAUGACUGUACCAGAUGCCCUCGACUGGAGGUAGAGCAAAGGCCCCCAGGACAGGAGCAACUGUCUCAGGGAAGAUGGAGGAAAAGGUCACAAACCAGCAGGGCUCUGCGAGCGACACCCACAUGUGUGUAAUAUUAUGAAGGCCCAGUCCUGGCCAGGUUUUCUGCUUGGGACCUGGAAAUGGAGAUCCGAUGGGAAGUGUUUGUUGUACCCUUUCAUACAAAAUGAGGCACCUUAUGGAGGCCAGAAAGAAAAGCUGUCCUUGUCACUGUGCCAGGACUACAUGGAGAGAUACAGAAUAGAGAUGGUUUUCAGGACAAAUAAAGCUAACAUUGGGAGUUGUCCUUCGAUAA